GCGAAAAGUCAUGGCGGCUGACAGUUUGUAAUGAGCCAACAAAAACAGUAAAGAUUCUUGCAAGUUGGAUUUACAACGUUCAAACCAGGCGCGGGGAGAAAAACUCAGUCGACAAAAUGCUGAUAACUUUGAAAACCUUACAACAGCAGACGUUCAAAAUCGACAUCGACGAAGAGGAGACGGUGAAGACAUUAAAAGGGAGGAUUGAAGAGGAGAAGGGAAAGGACAAUUUCUCAGUUGCUGGCCAGAAACUGAUAUAUGCUGGUAAAAUCCUCAACGAUGACACAGCCCUCAAAGAGUAUAAAAUCGAUGAGAAGAACUUUGUGGUCAUCAUGGUGACAAAGCCUAAAACAGCCUCAGCUGCCCCACAGUCCUCACCUUCCACUUCAGCUCCCAGCACUACAACUUCCGCAGCACCUCCCGCCACAUCGUCCAGCUCAGAGAGCACAACAGAGCGUGCCUCUACAGAUGACAAACCGGAGGAGAGACAGUCUUCGACUGCUGAACCAACUUCCUCCACAGUCGGAAGCUCUGAGGCAUCAACAAACACAAACCUAAUUGAUGAGGCAAUUUCAAAUCUAGUGACAGGCCCAUCAUAUGAUGCCAUGGUGAACGAGAUGAUGCUCAUGGGCUACGAGCGGGAGCAGGUGGUGGCAGCUUUGAGGGCGAGCUUCAACAACCCAGACAGAGCUGUGGAGUACCUGCUCACGGGUAUCCCAGACAGGGAUCAGGGCCAUGCCACAGGUCCCGAUGCAGUGACGCCCCCAGCGAGUGGAGCUCCAGCUGCACCCACAAGCGGUAUUAGUCUCCCCGCCAACAUUGGCUCUUCACCAAGUACUGGAGGAAAUCCCUUGAGUUUCCUCAGAAAUCAGCCCCAGUUUCAUGUGAUGCGACAGCUGAUCCAGCAGAAUGCCGCCCUCCUCCCGGCGCUGCUACAGGAGAUCGGCAGGGAAAACCCCGAACUGUUGCAGGAGAUUAGCAACCACCAGGAGCAGUUCAUCCAGAUGCUGAAUGAACCCAAUCCAGAACCUGUGCCAGUUGGUGGUGCAGGCGAAUCGGGAGGAGCAGUUGGAGCCGGGGGAGCCGGAGGAGCUGGAGGAAUGGGAGGUGAUACGCCCGGCGGAAGUCACAUGAGCUAUAUCCAGGUCACACCACAGGAGAAAGAGGCCAUCGAGAGGCUAAAAGCCUUAGGGUUUCCAGAAGGACUUGUUAUACAAGCCUACUUUGCUUGUGAGAAGAACGAGAACUUGGCCGCCAACUUCCUUUUACAACAGAACUUUGACGAUGAUUAAAAGAGCCAUCCUUAUUGUGACUUCUUAUUUCUUAUUAUCUUCCUCUACUUUUUGAUUGCUGAUAUUGAAUAUAUGUGUACAACAAGCCUUUUACAUUUCCAAAAACAGUUUUAUUCACCACUUCCACAUUCACCUCUCUUAAUAACACUGGAUCAUUAUCACAAGGACAGGCUGUUGUUUGUGAUCAGUUUGAAAUGGAGGAACAAUUAAAGUACAAUAACUUUGCAUCAGAAAUCACCUGUGUGCUAUUGAUUUUUUUAACACUUUAGUUAAGUAAGACCUGUGAUUUUUUUGAUUUUUUUUUAUAAUGGUUUGCAAUGGCAGUACAUUUCAUACUAUACGUCAGGUUAGUUCAGGGUAGGUUUGAAAGGUAUUCAUGCACUCUUAUUGUUCAAUUUUCAAAGUUGAGAAGUAAUGGAAAUUUGGAAAAUUAAAGCUGUGCAUAAACCAACAUGUAUAGCACUGGUUCUUUUCCUAUUUAACAUCCCUCAUAUACAUGUAAAUCAAAAGGCCUGUUGGCAGGAGCUGUGUAAUGAUGUCUGACUUGCAAUGCAUAUAUGAAGGCAUUUGAACAUGUAUAUAGUUUACAUACAUGUGAUAGGGUUUAGUUGCAAUGACUGUCAUUUUUACAGAAAAAAUAAAGUUU